UUACCAGCAGGGGCAGACUGACCAUUUGGAAACUCGGGCACUGCCCGGGGUCAGUAGGGGGCCCCAUGAAAUGCCCCUGGUACCUUUUUCAUAGGCUUUUUUGAGUUUGGGCAAGGACACAGGGGCCCCAUGAUUCUCUAUUGCCUGGGGCCCCAUGAGUUGUCAGUCAGCCACUGGUUACCAGAAAGUAUUACUUUGAUUUUCCGCCCCUGUCCAUAUCAUAUAGAAAUUUACAGGUAACAUUGCCAGACCUGGUGAGCAUUAAGGGCAGUUGCUA